AGGUUGACCGACGUCAAAGAGGAAACAUGUUGUAUCUCUUCGCUCCCGAAAAAGGGAAGGAGUUGUAGCUUUUCCAUCACAUAAUAAGAAAUCUCGCAUGGCCUGCUGAAACACGCAAGACCCGCAACAAGUGGAUAACUCCAUUAUGUCGAGUCAAGGUGGAAGCAAGAGUGAUUUAUUGGUGUCUAAUAAACCUCAGGCCAAUCGAUUUGACUCCACUGAACGCAAUGUAAUAUCUCAUUCGGCCGUAUGUACCAGCCGGCCAGGUAGUCCUACCGGUGCCACGCCAGCUACUGAGUGGCAGGUAGAGGUCAGCUGUGAGAGGACGCUGAACCUGAAAUGCACAGGCUCACCAGGACCAUCGGGCACGUGCUUUUCCACAGCCGAGGUCGACGGUAACUCUAACACAUUACCGAAGAAUAUCAGCGAUGAUUCAAAUGCACACACAGGUCAGGGUAUGGCUGAUUUGUCUAGCAACACUACCUUUUCCCUGAACACGACGCAGCUGAUGGAUAUCGGCGAUAGUAUCUUGCAUGAAAUCUCUGGUGUUUCUGGCCUUCAUGACACGUUAGCCAGCCAGUCAGACCCGGGAUGCCCAGCGCACAAGUGCAGCGGUCACCAUGCACGGAGUGGAACAUUAGAAUCUUCGACUUUGUCACUGAGCUUAGAUCGCCUUCCUCGUGUGCUAAGCAGCAGCAGAAACUCUCAGGUGACCAUGCUGGAAGAUAUAGGUGAUAGCAUCCUUAACUACAGCAAUGGAACAGACGCGGAAGAGGAUGUGGAAAGGUUGAACAACAGGCAGGUACAGGACCAGGAGGAGGUCAAGGUAAACGUUUAUGCCAAUAAUGACAUACAGGAUAAAAGCCUUGGCCCCAUAGGGCAAGACAUACCUGAGUCUGGUCAAACUGACAUUGAAAUUAUCAUCAAUGAGUGGGAUGAAGAAGUAGAGCUGAUUUCAGAAAGAGAUGACCACGUACCUAAAUGUGAAGAAACUACUACCGGUACUGACGAGCAGAGCUUGAACGGAGAUCGUGAAGAUCAUGUCAAACUAAACAAACUUGUAGAGAAACCCAGAGAAAAUGCAAUAUAUGAUAGCUUUGACAAACUUGUUGACGAGUGCAAGUCAGAUUUGUUACGUCAGUAUAAGCGUAGGGGCUCUGUACAGGGUACAGCCAUCCAGCCACCUGAAGUGAUUCGCAUUUCCGCGAGAUGUUUUUCUGCGCCGUCUCUUAAAAAGGCUGAGUCACCUGUUGCAUUCGGUGUUCAAAGCAGAGAACAUUCUUUUGAUCCAGGUCGUGAAGAGGCUCUUAGUCAGAUUACACCAUUACUGCGAACAGCGCUUCCCCAUGCUUCUCCUCAAACCAUUGAUAAUUUCACGUCAUAUUGUGAGCUCGAAUGCGCAGUGGAAGAGCAUGCAGAAGAGACCCCUUGUUCACCAGUCUAUCCAGACACCCUUCUACAGAGUCCUGAAGGUCAAAUGCAGCUGAACAAAUUUACGCAGGAUAAGGACAAUCCUUCCAUACCCUCGGCGUCUCCUGAUCCCCAGCACAAUUCCAAUAAUGACCGAGAAGCUGAAGCAAGAGAUACCAGACUAAAUGACCAAAACCAUAAUCUAAUUAUGAGUGAGGAUGAAUUUCUGGUGCAGGACUUUGGUAUUUUUCAAGGGAAGAUUGGGCCUGAUAGUAGUUCAAACGAAAAUAGUAUCCAAGAAAAUGAUUAUCAUAGUUUUAGCAGUAAUGAUGAAAAUAUAAAAUGUGAAACGCGUGAGUUUAUCGAUGGUGUGAUUCGACAGAUCAGUUCUGCACCCAAUCAAGCUGAUGGCCACAAGGGUGAAGGUGAUUUCAGUGAGCAGUGCGGUGGUACCAGUAAACAUAGCAGCUCCAGUGAAGAAAAGGAAGGGGUUAGUCUUACCAGUGAUGAAAGUGAGUAUUAUGAUAGUGCUUGUAAGGAUAUUUGUAUUCACAGUGAAUUAUUUUGUAUAAAACACGAGGAAAGGUGGAGAAACCAGUGAUCGCAGUGA